CCCCGUUGCCGCCGUUCCUAGUGUUCCCAGUGCCCCCAUGCUCCCAGUGUUCCCAAUGCCACGGUGCUUCCACUGAUUAUGCUGCUCCCAGUGCUCCCAGCCCCAGUCUCGGAACCCCAGCUCCAGUAUCAGGAUCCCGACCCCAGUGUUGGGGCCCCCCAGCUUCAGUAUCAGGCCCCAGCUCCAGUGACAGGACUCCAGCUCUACUAUCAGGACUAGUGCUGCCAGUAUCAGCAUGCCAGUACUGGGGCCCCAGCCCCCAGUUUGGGGACCCCAACCCCAGUACUGGCACCCCAGACAAGAGUGUCAGGACCCCAGCUGACACUGUAUCAGCAUCCCAGGCCCAGGCUUGCUCCUGCAGCCCCGCAGCCCCAGCCCGGCCCUGGCCCCAAUGAGCUGGUAACCCGAGCCAGUGGUGCCUGCAGCUAAGGUGACACCAUCAAUAAUUGAGUAGCAGCAGGGCCCCACGCAGGAGUGCCUGCCUCUGCCUAUCUGGAGUGUGGGGACAGCCUCACUCCCCUGUGAUGGUGUCUCCCGCGAUCGCACUGGCCUUCCUCCCCUUCCUCGUCACCCUGCUGAUCCGGUACCGGCACUACCUGGUGCUGCUGUACCGGGCCGUGCUGGUGGCCUGGCUGCGGGACCGGCUCACCGGCACCACGCGGGAACAGCGCGCCUUCCAGUACCUGCUGGCCCACGCCAUCCCCGGGGACCCCCACCACAUCCUGCAGACCUUCGACCAGUGGUGCUACCACUGCGAGCACCUCAGCUGUGUGGGGCCUGCCAAAGGGCGGAUCGUGGAGCGGCUGCUGCUGGAGCGGGCACCGCUGCGGGUGCUGGAGCUGGGCACCUACUGCGGGUACGGCACCGUGCUGCUGGCACAGGGGCUGCCCCCGGGCGCCCGUCUCUACACCGUGGAGGGGAACCCGCAGCACGCCGCCGUGGCCGAGAAGGUCAUCCGCCUGGCCGGCUUCGACGAGCACACGGUGGAGCUGAUCGUGGGCCCCUCGGAGGAGGUGAUCCCCCAACUGCGGGAGAAGCACGGCCUGAUGAAGGCCGACUUCGUCUUCAUGGAUCACUGGAAGCGCUGCUACCUGCGGGACCUGCGGCUGCUGGAGAGCCACCAGCUGCUGGCUGAGGGGGCCACCAUCCUGGCCGACAACGUCCUCUUCCCUGGGGCGCCCCACUUCCUGCAGUACGCCAAGACCUGCGGCAGGUACCGCUGCAAGGUGCACCGGGCCAGCCUGGAGUACUUCCGCGCCAUCCCCGACGGCGUGGCCGAGCUCCGCUACACCGGCGCCCGCUGACCAGGCCACGAGCUCCCGCCCCGCGCUGCCACGGGCACCGACUGCAACGCUGGCUGCAACACGGGCUCUGCAGGAAAUGUGCUGGCUGCUGUGGUCUGUGGGGGGUGCUGGGGGAAACUCGCUCCCCGAGUGGCUCCUGCCCGCGCUGCUUCCCCGUGUCCCUGCAGGGAGCUCUGCCAGAGGGCCCGAGGAAGCAUGGUGGGGAGCAGCCCUGCACUUGCCCGCGUGGCACCCCCAUGGCUGCCCCUGCCUGCCCUGGUGGCCUCAGACACCA